GGGUGGUCAUUGACAUUUUUAAAUUUUGUAAACAAACCCACGUGUAAACAAAUAAUUUUCUAAGGAUUUUUGUGGAAAAAAAUCAGUAAAAACCACUGAGAAAAAUGGUAAAAGUGCGAAAACAGCGUCAGAAGAAGUCGUACAACUAUGCAGCUAAUAGAAAACGGAUGAACAAGAAGCAGACUCGCGAUGGGAAGAUCAAAUGUCCGGAGGCAAAGGGUGCUUGGGAGAAAAGUCGCACUGUGAGCAAGAAUUUCAAAAAUAUGGGUCUGUCGAGUGAUCCCAAUGCUGCAAUUCCCAUCCGGAAGAGUCAGAAGCAGCGUGUUGAGGUGCUGAAGAAAAGUCUCGAGAGUAGGGAUAUUCCUAAGGAUGUCGUGUCAAAUGCCCUGGAGGCUGGAAUUCGUAGAAAGAAGAGGAAGAAGGUGGUUGCACCAAAGGGGCAUGUGGCGAAGGAACUCGAAGAGAAUGCCAAUGCACCGAGAGAAAGUGGUUUCCGCUACUCCAAAGGCCAAGUUACGUUGAUCUCCUACUACCUGGACAAGUACAAGUUGAACUACAAAGCCAUGGUGAGAGACAGGAAGAACUAUGAGCAGGAGACAUGGAAGCAAUUGAGGAGGAAAAUACGGAAAUUCCUGUCAAUUCAGGAGCACGUCGAUGGAUACCUCAAAUCAAGGGGCCUGGAGAGACUGAGCCUGGAGGAAGAGGACACAGAUUCAGACUGAGGUGUUAUUUUGUUCAAGCCUCUUUUUUUUUAAUUGUUUCUCCAUGUUUUUUUUUGUUUUUCUUCUCUUUGUGGUAAUUGAUUAUGUCACAUACAUUACAUUUAAAUAGGUUUUUUUUCUCAACUGCAAGAUAUUUUGGGAAUUUUCUUUUUGAAUAGAACUUUUUUGUUUUCAAGUUAUUGAAGUGUAUUUUUUGUUUCUACCAAGGAGAAUACAUGGGAAAGAGAUUGAAGGGGGUAUAUUUUUCUUUUAGUUUUGUGCAAUAUCUUUGCCAAAAAACACUAUAUAUCUUCCUGCCUUCAAUCCUUGAAAAGAUAUUUUCAGGAUUUUUCCUCUUGGCAGGAAUUUUCUUAAGAAAAAAUUAUACCCAAUAUAAUUAUUAAUGUGAAUAAACACUUAACGAAUUAAAUUUUUUUUCUAAUUAAUAAAA